GCUACAAUAUGAUGUCACAGGAGGAUACAGACAACUCCUCCUGCAUCCUAAAGAAACCAAGGUGUUACAGCUUUGGGGAGAACAUGAUGACAAGGCAGACAGCAAGGGAGAAACACAGAAAGGAGAAGGAGCCGACGUAUGUCAAGAGUCUGAGGAAGAGGAGAUCUUUCCUGAAAACCGAUUACACCUCACAGGUCACUUUCCCCUUGGCUUUGCCGGGCUCUCUGCAGAGCUGCUGCUCUUGGCCACCCCCCCCACCACUCCUUGCUCAGCCCCCUGUUCCACCCUCCUCAAAGAACAUCAAGAAGGAUGCAGAGCUGGGACUUCCUGCUGCCACCCAGGCCCAGAGAGACGCUGCUAGCACAAACCCAUCCUCUGACCUGAUGGAGAUGGAGCCUGACACCAUGGAAACAAAAUCAGUGACUGACUCGGUGGUUUCUUCCAUUUCAGCUGUUCGCCUGCAGGGUGACCAGCACAAGGAGGAGAGUGCAGGCACUGCCAUACAUGUGGAUGGUGGCCUCCAAUCUGCACAUGCUGUACAUCCAUCUUUCCUGUUCCUGGACGAAGCUGUGCCUCUUCCUGGAGGACACAGCACAGCUGUCCAGGGAAGUUCCCCCAUGAAUGCAAAUACUGAGUGGGCAAGUGAGGAGAGCUGUGUGGCCACCGGAGGCUGGCUGGCCCAAGAGACACCAGAGGAGGUGGGUGAGGUGAUGACAGCCCAGCAUAAGGCUGGCGAUGUAAUCUCAUUCCUGGGCCAAGAGGUGACCUGCCCUGCUAAUGAACACACAGUGCCACCAUCAGCUUAUGGCCCCAGUGUGGCCCCUGACCAGGAGGUGGCCCAGGACCAGGAACUGCUGACCACUGCUGGGAGGCAAGCAGCGUGUGAGGAGCUCCCAGUCCUGGCUGCCUGUGAAGACAGACAAGCUAAUUGUGAAAGCUGUGCUGAAAAUAGCAGUGACAGCGCCUUGCCACAGGCAAAAAGCAGACAAGUGGUAAACAAAGAGGCUUUAUGGAAAGUGCACAAUAAAAAUCACGUGGGUUUUCCAGAUGCAACCCAGCUCUUAACAGAUUGCAGCAGCACUUCAGGGGUUAUAACUCGCCUCUCCUGGCUCUCAUUUGGGGUGAGGACAGACCUCACGUCACCCAGCCCAUCUCAGGAAAGGGUAGAGAGCUCACUAGAGCUUUUGGCCUCUCAAAAGACCAGUGGGUGCCUGGGGGCUGGUGCUGUCAGAAGGGAGAUGCAGACAUCCCCAGCUGGACCACCCUUUGAGAAAGAGUUGGUAAGCAGCCAGGGCCUGGAGGAAGGAGAGCCCAGAAAAGAUGCAGGAAACGUGGCUCACCAACAGCCAUGGCCUGUUCAGACUCCUCUUCCCACAGAAGGGGCUGCCGAGGUGGGGACAGACUCUCCUCUGACUCCAUCUCUAGGGCUUUCCAUCUCCUCAGGCCCAAUUUCCCUGGGUUCGUUGGGAGAAAGAGACCAUGGGGCUUCAAAACACUCCUUCCUCUGCUUUAACCACAAGAAGGAUGUGCAGACCUGUUUUGACCCCAUCAUGACCAGGUCCUUGGGUUUUUCCACAGUGAAGAUGACAUCUCCACCACCCCAGCUUGGGAUGGACAAGUGCAGCUGUCAGCUGUCCUAUAUCAGCUGCUUCCCCAGGCCUGAUGACAAGGGGGAGCAUGAAAACACCACGGCGACGUGCAGCACCUUUCUGGGGCCCCUCACCACCCCACCAUCCAGCAGCCACAGUCUUCCUGGGACCCCUGUGGGCAGUUACCCAGUCUCCAUUGCUAGGGACGAGGCAUGGUGGGACCCUCAUGUCCAAGCCCUCAGACAGCUGAAGGAUCAAGCACGGAUGAGCCCUGCUGAUUUCUCCUGCUUCCUAGCCUACACUGCAGAGCUUCAGGAGGUUGUUGGGAAGCUCUCCAGGAACCAAGCAACGCAUCUGCAAGAUGAAUGUGCAGAGCAGGGUGCUGAGAGCAAGGAUGCCCUUGGCUUGGCCUCCCAGGACUUGCUGUCCAGUUGCCAGGAGCUCCUGAAAACAGAGCAGCCCCUCAAAGAGCUGCAGGGUGCACUGCGGGUGACAUUUGACCACCUGGUUCAGCUGGCAGUGACCUGCUUCCAGGUGACAUGCUGCCAGCGGUGCAGACAGAGGCAGGAGCAGCUUGGGGCCGCACUCGUGGACGUGGUGGGCACCUACCACCAACUUGUGCAGGCUGUUCACCAGCAGCUUCACAGGCAAGGCUGCCUGGAUCUGGGUGCCAAGCUCCUUGCCCGCCAGCACACAGCCCUUGCAGCUGCCAUGUUUUGUCUCCUGCAGCAGCUCAGGGUACCCCCAUUGCUGUGA